AUGCCACCUCCGCCGAUACCGAUCGUGAAGCGCCCCAGCGCAGCACCGCAGAUAGGAGUGGAAGAGCCUGUCGAGGCAGAUCAGACAACGCCCAAGGCGUCAGCGACCAGGCUCAACGAUGCGGUGCCGGCCUUCUCGCUUUCCGAUUUGGAGCCGACUCCCUCCGUCACAUCCAAACCACCAUCCGCGCCCGCCAACGGGCUGAUGGGUCCUCCACCACCACGACUCCCUACCCUCGCUCCCAUGCGCAACUCCGGCCCAGCUGCACGGAAUGCGCCUAUCCCAAACAGAGGACCAGCCGGCGGCUCAUCCUCUCUCCUCCCGCCUCCUUCGGCGUCGUCUCUCGCGCCCCCACCCACACACAACACCAAGCCCAAGAAGCCUUCCAAGCAGGUGACGCUCACGCCGGGUCACAGCCCCCUCGACUGGGCGCGGCUGUCAUCUUCGCCGACGUCCGACCUGCGCGGGCUGCCCCCGGCAUCGCCGUAUCUGCGCGUUACGCCCAGCAUGCUGCGCCGGCAGACGGGCCGCCGCGGCAAGGACGCGUGGUCCGCCCUCGGGGGCCGCGUCUACAACAUCACGCCGUACCUGCCCUUCCACCCGGGCGGCGAGCCCGAGCUGCUGCGCGGCGCGGGGCGGGACGGCACGCGCCUGUUUGGCGAGAUACACCCGUGGGUCAACUACGAGACGAUGCUCAGUGCGUGCUUGGUGGGGAUUCUGGUGGACGAGGACGAGAAGGAGAGCAAGAUGGAGGAGAUGGACUGA